AUGCGAGAUGUCGGCACGCAGUUUUCCGGGCCGGGUGCUAAAGUCAAGACUGGUCGAGAGGAAGAAAUUGAAAUAUACACACCAAGUGUGGUUCUCAAAAAAGGCUUUCGUACUAAUCCAAACCCUAAUUACUCUAAAUUUGUCGAUCCAGAUAGCGUGAGUCCUAGCAAGCCAGUCUCCCGACAGAUUUUCUCUCCUGCCCCAUCCUUUAUUUCUACUUCGUUCAACAAACCGCGUGAUUCGCCUUACAACAGAAAGGUACCAAACACAGCGAUGAGACAACCUCAGUUUCGCCAAACUACACCCAACAGCGUCACAUCUACAUCUGCCGGAACAGCGGAUGGUGGAAGCUUGGGGACGAGAUCGUCGAGAUAUACCCAAAAGUUCUCUAGAUAUGGCAGGGAGGGAAAUAAGAGACCAAAGGGAAAGAGAAUCAAGUCCAAUGAAGAGGGUGCAUGGAGGCAGCGAUCUGCGACCAUUUGGCAAAUCAUCAUUUUCAGAUUUUGA